AUGCGAAAAGGCUCAUCUGGUGCCUCAUAUAAAGAUUUGUGGCAUGCUGUGGGAGAAGGGUCCUUGCCUGAUAUAGAUUAUGCAUUGGCGCUACUGAAGAAGAAUGGAAGUAAUAUCAAUUCGAGGAAUAGUUUGGGUCUGACUCCUCUUCACAUUGUCACUUGGAGAAACAACAUUCCAAUUAUUCGAAGGCUUCUAGCUUCUGGUGCUGAUCCUGAUGCUAAGGACAGAGAAUCUGGGUGGAGUAGCCUUCAUAGGGCUCUGCAUUUCGAUCAUCUUGCUGUAGCGAGUGUUCUUCUCCGGUCUGGUGCUUCUAUUACAUUGGAAGAUUCAAAAUGUAGAACACCUGUAGAUCUCCUGUCAGGGCCUGUCUUGCAGGUUUUUGGAAGUGCACAGCAUUCAGAGUUCAUUAAUCUUAUUUCAUCAGAGUCCAAUAAAGUUUGUAACAGAGAGGAUAAACGAACAAUAGCACUUGAGCAUCCAUCAGUUCCUUUCUCACAGAAGUUCCCUAAUAUGGAUCUCGGGGCUAUUCGCCUACUUGAGCGCUUACUUGCAUUUAAUCCAAAAGAUCGUCCCACAACUAAAGAAUUAGAUCAUGACUUACAAGCUUCUAAUAUUCCUAAUGGUGUUGUUCUACGCUGGCAGGCAUUAGCUGAUCCAUACUUUUAUGGUUUAGCAAAUGUGGAUCGUGAACCAUCCACUUAA